GGCCAGCAGCAGCUUCCGUUCUGCAGUGUCGCGGCGGCGGCACGUGUGUCUCCCCAUCAGGAUUUCUGGAUCAUCCCUACCCGUGCAGAGUUUGUGGCGCCGGAACGCCUUUCAGCAUUAAGGAUGAAGGCGAGAAGAAAUAAAAAACAGGUCCCAAGCUUUAGGAAGUUGCUAAAAACUAGUAAAGUCAAACUUGAAAACAAGCUAAAAAAUAAGCAAUUUAAACAACAAAGCAAUCUCAAGAAGUACCGAAAAGAACAGAGGAAACUAAGGCAAGCUGUAAAAGAUGCUGUGUCUAAGAAACCCAUUCCACUGGAGGACCCGAAGAAAAAACGACCAGGUAAAAGGAUUGAGAGGGAAGAGGAGGAGGAAGAAGAGGAAGCCCUACCUUUAGAUAUGAUGGAUGAAGAUGACUUACAGUUAAUGAAGGAUUUAGGACAAAGAGCAUCUUUUCUAACGAGAGAUCUUUCUUCUAGUGAACCUGUUCACGCCAAGAAACGAAAGCAUGAGAACAUUAUAGAUAAAUAUGAAAAAAUACCACGAUCUCUGCAAACUGCACCAGAGAAGGAAUUGAUUCACUUGCUUCCUAUCAAAGAUAAAAGUGGUAUAAUCCCACAGACCAGGGAAAAGCCAGUUCUUGACACUAACCAAGAUGAAGAGGAUCAAGAAGAGAUGGAACUUGAGGAAGAGAUUAUUGAAGAUCCUAUUCGCGAGCUGACCAUAGAAGAGCAUUUAAUUGAGAGAAAGAAGAAGCUACAGGAGAAGAAACUGCAUAUUGCAGCCUUGGCAUCUGCCAUAUUAUCAGACCCAGAAAGUAAUGUUAAAAAACUGAAAGAAUUACGUUCCAUGCUGAUGGAACAGGAUCCUGAUGUGGCUGUUACUGUUCGAAAGCUUGUGGUCAUUUCUCUGAUGGAGUUAUUUAAAGACAUUACUCCUUCAUAUAAAAUUCGGCCCCUAACAGAAGCAGAAAAAUCUACCAAGAUCCGCAAAGAAACCCAAAAAUUAAGAGAAUUUGAAGAAGGGCUUGUUAGCCAAUAUAAAUUUUAUUUGGAAAAUCUGGAGCAAAUGGUUAAAGACUGGAAGCAAAGGAAGCUGAAGAAAAGUAAUGUAGUUUCCUUAAAGGCAUACAAAGGACUGGCAGAAGUGGCUGUGAAGAGCCUGUGUGAGCUGCUGGUGGCACUGCCUCAUUUCAACUUUCACAACAACAUCAUCGUCCUGAUUGUCCCUCUCAUGAACGACCUGUCAAAAUCGAUAUCUGAAAUGUGCUGCGAGGCAGUUAAGAAGCUUUUUAAGCAAGAUAAAUUAGGCCAAGCUUCCCUUGGAGUAAUCAAAGUGAUUUCUGGAUUUGUGAAGGGCAGAAAUUAUGACGUUAGGCCAGAGAUGCUAAAAACAUUCUUGUGCCUAAGAAUCAAGGAAGUAGAAGUGAAAAAAGAUACAGAGGACAUUAAUAAACCAAAAAAGUUCAUGACUUUUAAGGAAAAGAGAAAAAAUCUAUCAAGAAUGCAGAGAAAGGUUGUCUGUUCCUUUGGCCAGCACACGGAGACAUUGAACAUUGUGUUUGUAACUUACUUCAGAAUACUGAAGAAGGCCCAGAGGUCCCCUCUCCUGCCAGCAGUUCUAGAAGGUCUUGCCAAGUUCGCUCACCUUAUAAAUGUGGAGUUUUUUGAUGAUUUAUUAGUAGUUCUCCAUAGUCUCAUUGAGUCUGGUGACCUAAGCUAUCAAGAAAGUCUUCAUUGUGUCCAGACCGCUUUUCAUAUUCUUUCUGGGCAAGGUGAUGUUCUGAAUAUUGAUCCAAUGAAGUUCUAUACACAUCUCUACAAAACACUGUUCAAGUUACAUGCAGGUGCUACCAAUGAAGGGGUUGAGAUUGUGCUCCAGUGCCUCGAUGUCAUGCUCACCAAGCGCAGAAAGCAGGUUUCUCAGCAGCGAGCCCUGGCCUUCAUCAAGCGCCUUUGCACCCUUGGUCUUCACGUCCUUCCCAACUCAAGCAUUGGCAUUUUAGCAACUAACAGGAUAUUAAUGCAUACUUUCCCCAAAACAGACCUGUUGCUUGACAAUGAGUCUCAGGGAAGCGGAGUUUUCCUUCCUGAGCUGGACGAGCCCGAGUACUGCAAUGCCCAGAACACCGCGCUGUGGGAGCUGCACGCUCUGCGGCGGCAUUUCCAUCCCAUAGUGCGGAGGUUGGCAGCUCACCUGAUCGCGGGAGCCCCUUUGGAAGGCUCCGAAGCACUCAAACCAGAGUUGAGCCGAAGAUCUGCUAUAGAACUCUUUGAGGCUUACAGCAUGGCCGCAAUGACAUUCAAUCCUCCUGUGGAAACUUCAAGCUCCAAAAGGAAGGAUAAAGUUUUACAAGGGGAUUCAUUUUUGAAUGAAGAUUUAAAUCAGCUAACCAAAAGACUUUGCAAUGAAGCCGAUACUCAGUUGCCUCUGGAUUUCACCAAAUAUCUGAAGACAUCGUUACGGUAGCAGAAGGAUGAAGAGCCAGUGGACUUGCCUGUGCACUUGUGUAUUUGUGCAAACGCACAUUAAGAUAAUGGUUCUGUUUUUGUCCAGGGAAACUUCCCAGGGAAAUUCACCAAGGAGGAAGAGUUACCCUUUGCGUGAUGCAGGAUUCGGCCAUAAUUCUGAAACAUCUUUCCAUUGAGAAAGGAGAAUCCAACGCCUUUUCCUACCUUAAUGUUUGGAAACUUCUUUCUUAAUGAUGUUGCCUUUUUGAAAUUUAAUAUACAUAUUAAGUUAGUUUUUUAAAAAAUCUUUGGACUGAAUUUAUUGGGAUGCAGUUGCUAGAUUAAAAGGAGGACAGAGAGCACAGAAUAAACAAGACGGUGAGAUUGUUUUUUACAGUUCAGCUAGCUACUCUUUAUAACUAAAUAAAUCUAUUACUAUUACACCACCAUAGUUGGAAGUGAGAAAAAAUUCUAAAUUUGAGUAUGUUUCUAUGAAAAUUGUUGAGAAAAGAAAAAAUAGCUUGAACACCAGCUUCAAGCUAUUGGACACCAGGUUCAUUGGCCCUUGCUGGAUGGUAGGUACACUUCAAGAAGGAACCUCACCUGACCUUUGAAAAAAGGAUGAGUGCUCAUUCUGGCUACUUUCAAAGAAAGUUUGAAUGUGAUUCUGGUCUUCAGAGUUCUUUGCAUUUUCUGGCAUGCUCUGGAGGGUGGUAGGGGAAGAACUGCCCCACAUCUUACCAUUCUGUUUUAAGGAUUAAGGGUACCCAGGGAAGGGCUUUUUUGUUCUUUUGUCCCUGUAUAGGUAAAAUGCCUUAUUCUUAUAAUUAUAAAGCAAUAUAAUACAGCUGUUACCAUAUUCUAAGAAUGGCCUAUGAAAUAAGUGUUUAAUGACCAGGUUAUAAAAAUUUCUCCUGUGAAAAAUUGAAUAAAACAGCUGCUUUUUCUGCU